AUGACUUCGGCAGAGGACAAGAGAAUUAUCUGGUGCAGAGAUGGCGGAAACUUCACCAAAGAGGCUGUGUAUUUGAAAUGCAUAGUCUACAAGAUGAAGAACGCCUGUAGGAGCUUCAAAUUCCACAAAGCGUUGUCCUCCGUCGUCCGCUGCCUAACAACUCAUGGCCUCUUGCUGAAGUCGAACCAAAAGGCCCCCGACCGUGUCACCAGGAUGAGCGAAGAAGACGUCCAAGAAGUCGUGCGAAAGUGCGAAUUCGCGGCGAAAGAAAGCAUGCUGGAGAUUCGGAUGGGGGACGGUUAUUUGCCGAAUUUAUUGGCGGCAGUGACUUGUUUGGCUACUAUCAGGUCUUUGAUAGUAAAGUCCGGCGAUGCUCUUGAUCUCCCGCCAAAACCAGCAACACUUCAGGCGGAAGAUACAGGAGAAGUCGUGAAGAGCGCACCAGAACAAGAACCCUGCCAAAUGGGUGCGCUCUUCGAUGAGCUCAUGCCGAAGAAGCGAGCCAUUCGAGAAGCUUCCUCGUCGUCGGAAGAAGAGGAGGAAGUCAUUGUCUUAAAGAAGAGACGAAAAUGA